AUGGACGGUGAUCCGAAGGUCGAGUCGGAGCUCGACUCGUUCAGCUUGACCUUUCCCCUGCCCUAUCGCAUUGGGUUUAUUAUCAUACUGGCCGUUUGGGGUUGGGGAGUGAACCUCCACUGCCUUCACAAGUUCAAAAUCGACGUGCCCACCUUGAUUCGAUACCCUACACGAUCCUCUCCGACGGAGCCGGCGCAUCACCUCUCGACAUACCGCCUCGCGACCGUCCUGUCCACCGUCUUCUUCCUCUCGAUCUCGACGUUCUGGAUCUUCACCCGUCGUACACCCUCCCUCGUUAUCGAAUAUGACUGGCUGCCGAUGACAUAUUUCGUCGCCCUCGCGGCCAUCUUCUUCGUCCCGAUCCGCAGCUUCUCACACGGCGGGCGCUCGCGGUUCCUUGCGACGCUAAAGCGCGUGAGCAUCGGAGGGAUCGCGCAAGCUCAGGACGGCAAGUUCGGAGACAUCCUGCUCGCCGAUGUGUUGACGAGCUACUCGAAAAUCCUGGGAGACCUCUACGUUGUCGUCUGCAUGUUCUUCACGCCGUCUGGUUCCUCGACCGCUCGUCCUGACCGCAACUGUGGCGGAACUGUCAUGGUACCGCUCAUCAUGGCCGUGCCUUUCGCGAUCCGGUUCCGUCAGUGUAUCAUCGAAUAUCUGCGAGUAAAGAGGGCGCCGUAUAAAGAGUCUGUCGGCUGGGGCGGUCAGCAUCUUGCCAACGCAACCAAGUACGCGACAGCGUUUCCGGUCAUUAUCUUCGGCGCAAUGCAGCGCAGCUUGCCGGCCGGCACGUCGGCGCCCGGGCUGAACAGGGCAUGGCUGGUGGCAGCACUGAUCAACUCGCUCUACUCUUGGUAUUGGGAUGUCGCCAAAGAUUGGGACCUGACUCUCUUCUCCUCGGCCAGGGAGCGCAACAAUCCGGAACAUGCAUUCGGCCUGCGGCGGCGACUUGUUUUCCAGCAGCCGGUCAUCUACUACUGUGUUAUCGGGAUGGAUCUGAUGCUGCGUUGCACUUGGUCCAUUAAGCUGAGCGCGACUUUGGACAAGUUCACCGACUUUGAGAGCUCCAUUUUCCUUUUGCAAUCUCUUGAGGUAUUUCGACGGUGGGUGUGGAUAUUCUUCCGAGUCGAGACGGAGUGGCUUAGGAACAACACGUCGGGAUUGGGAGUUGACGAUAUCUUGCUGGGAGACUACCAGGGCAAGUAUGAUUCUGACGAAGAUUAG